AUGAAUCAAGAUCUGGCUCCUCCUACAACCUGUGGAAAACAUUCUGUACAGGAUGUUCUGCUGAGACAUGAUCCAAUGUGCAAGAAAGCCUUCAACAGGAAGUGCAAGCCCUUCAGCAUUUUGAAACAGAGACUGCAGGGAACAGAAAUCAUCACUGUGAAGAAGCAGCCCCCACAAAAGCUAUAUAACACUAUUGUUUCCUCCAAGGACAAAACCUGGAUGUUACGGAUGAGUCUCACAUAUGUGCUUGACCGGAAACAGCUAGGGAAGAAAUCUAACUGGAAGCAGGAUUUUGUUAAUAUUUUUCAAUCAGCCAAGCAGGUCACAAAAGCUCUAAAGGAGGGCCACCCUCUUCCACCUCCUCCCCUGCCAAGCAUGAAUCCAGACUAUAUUCAGUGUCCACACUGCUCACGGAAGUUUAGUGAGGCUGCAGCACAGAGGCACAUGGAGUUUUCUGAAGAACAAGCUGUCUACCGUGCUGCAAAGACCACUGGACAGGCUUCGGACAAGCAGCCAUUGACUCAGAGAAAAACUCCGACAUUAACACCUGCUGUGUUAUUGCUUCUGGAGAGAGUACAAAAAGGUGCCAACCCAGACAAACCUAGCUUAGAGACCUCUUUAGAAAUACUGAAGAAAGCUGGAAAAUCUUGGGGUGUAUCUACUGGGAAAAAUUCUUCAGGAAAGUUUGGACCGCAAAUGGACAACAGAAGAUAGAGUGGCUGGUUGGCGAGGAUGUGUUAAGGCUUUCUUCUAACACAUUAUGGAAGAUCUUAAGCAACACAGUUUUCCAGUACCACUUCUGCCUAAAGUUCUACAGCUACCAUGUUCAAUAAAAUAAGCAAACUGAAAGUCAUUGAUUGUGAGAGUAUUUGUAUUAGUUGCCAAGAUUUAAUUAAAUGAUUGCCUGGAGGGGAUUGCUAUUACCAUGGGUUCAUUAAAUGGUUUAACAAAAUGUAGAAAGAUGCAGUACCAUGUGAUUUUUCCUUUCCCCUAAUGCUUUGAUAUAUUGAACAAGACAAGUGAACAUUCUGGAAUUUCAUGUAAAUAUUUAAUAGAAU